UCCAAUACAGCACCUCGUUAAGAUUUCGAUUAAAUCAGCGCACAGAUACACGUGGCGCAAACCGACAGCUUAACGGGAUAAGAGCGUGUAGUACAGUUGUAACCCAAUUAGGGUUUAAGGAUGGGCGUGUAGGCAGCAGGGCGAGCGACGCGUCUUGGCUUAUAAAAAAACUCCCUGAUCGGGUGUUUUUAGGGCUGCUCUGGGGAUGGGCGGACAGGCAGCGCCAGUGAUCAUCGAAUCGCGAAAGGAUCAAAGCCACCCAAAGGAGGCCGCGGCGGAGGAAGCGGCGAAGAGGAGGAGCGGCGGUGGCAGCGCUGGCGGCGGCAUUAGCGAGGCGACGCGAGACGCUGCCCGGGCGCGACUCUUGGUGCUGUCGGAGGCGGGCGACGACGCCGAGCUUCUGGAGAAGGUGAGCGAGGCAAACACUCCCACUGCUUCUACUCCUAGAUCUCCUGCUUCCACUCCAGCUGAGGUCCAAAAUGGUGAUGUCAAGGAUGCUUGCUGCAGAUCAAAGCUGAUGGCUAUCGCCGACACUUUGCCUCCUGAUCCUCUCGCCUCUACUACUCACUGAAAAGAGUGAGUGAGAAAGAGAAAAGAAAGAGCUCGCGACUCACCGGGAGAGAGAGCUCCUUCCCUCUCGCUCUCUCUCUCUCGCUUUCUCUUCUCUCGGUCAGCUACACCGGUAUGUUUUUCCAGAUCACUGUUGCUAGUAUUACUACUACCUCGCUUCUUUCGUCAUGAUAGUCAUCGCGAUGCUUUCUCUGUGUAAGAACGCACGUUAUAAUAUUCACCCUUCUUUGUCUCGACGAAAAAGUCGUACCUUUGCA